AUGGGCGCCCCGAGGUGCCGCGUGCCCCCCRCGCCACCGCUGCCGCUGCUGCUGCUGCUGCCGGCGCUGCUGUGCUGGGCGCCCGGCCGCGCCGAGCCCGGGAGCGCCGCGGGCUGCGAGCUGCAGCCGGUGCCRGCGGCGCCGCUCGUCACGCUGUCCUACACGACGGGCACGGUGGCGCGGGGCUGCGUGAGCCGCGGCUCGCUGCACGCCGCGCAGGAGCUGCACGUCCUCAGCGUGAGGGCGGCCAAGGGCUCCCCGUUCAUGCUCAGCAUGUCGGCGGCGCGGCGAGCCGGCGGCUGCGCGCGGCACACGGUGCUCGUCCUUCACUGCCCUCACUGCUCGGUCACCGUGGCCUCACCGUGCCCCAACCUGCUCGUCCGCACGAACGCCAACCUGAGCCCGGGUGCCAACGCGUCCUCGCUGGAGCUCCCUGAGGACGCCGGUGAGCAGGAGCUGCUGCGCUGGGCCCGCGGUGUCUACGGGGGCAUCACGUCCUACAGCGAGCUGCAGGAGCCGCGCUGGGUGCUCCUCCACCUGGGCGAAGACGGCAGCAGCCCCGAGGAGUGCRUCCCGCGGGAGCGCUUCAACGCGGCGCCGCACCUCGAGGCCGAGGUCUUCUUCCGUGGCAUGAAGGGCUGCUCGAGCGGCCCCGCCGAGGGCRCCAGGGCCGCCCACAUCAUCCGCCUGCAGCCCGAGCACAGCUCGGCCAUCACCGAGGUGAACCUGUCGCUGAACUGCGCCAAGGUGGCUGGGGACAACCAGAUCCUCAUCCUGCAGAGCCACGUCAACCUCACCUGGUCCCUCUCCGUGAACAACUGCCACAUACAGUUCCUGGCGUCAGGCACCUACAAGAUCGUGGACAUGUCCACGGAGCUGCUGCAGGGCCAGGUGCUGCCGGACACGGAGCAGGGCCUCAUCGCCAAGGCCUUUGAGAAGAACUACCGGGUCAUCGCCUCCUACUCCAUCAUCCCGCUCAGCAGCCGCGUGACCAUGGACAUCCAGGAGCACGAGGCGGCCAAGGAGCCCCCCACGACGCCCGCCCCCACGGCGCCCAGCUCCGACACGCUGUCCUACAUGCUGCUGCUCACGCUGCAGCCCUGGAAGUGCACGGAUGACACCAUGGAGAUCGUCAUCGCCCGGUCCCACCUGGAGCCCAUCAAGGACGUGGUGAACAUCACCCUGCGGGACAUGAGCUGCCAGGCGGAGAGGAAUGCCACGCACUUCAUGCUGCGCACGCCGCUCAGCCACUGCGGCACCUCGCUCGAGACCAAGGGCCACGCGCAGAAYGAGCUCAUCCUCAGCCUGUCCAGGGGCUCGUCCCUGCAGAGCGUGUCGGUGCCCUUCCAGUGUGAGAUCCCCCGGGAGCUCUUCCUGCGCCUCUUCCCCACGGCCGCCUUCGAGGCGCCGCAGACGGAGCUGGAGGUCAACAAGGAGGCCUAUCUGCAGGCCUCCAUGCGCUGGGAGGACUACCCGGCCGACCUGCAGCUCAAGGAGUGCUGGCUGGCGGCGCCGGGCGCCGAGCCGCGGCUGCUCGUGGUGGCCAACAAGGCGCAGGGCGCCGGCGUGGCUGUCCUCGAGGGCUCGCCCAGCAGCCGCGUGCGCAAGGUCUGGCGCCUGCGCUUCACCUACGCCGUGCCCGAGGGAGACCGCGUGCCCUUCUCCGCCAGCCUCACCUGCAAGGCUGGCCUGCAGAACAACACCAUCUUCGAGAAGGUCCUGGAGGUGACGGUGAAGGACGUCUGGCGGCCGCAGAACAACCGAGGCCUGGGGCUGGCCGCAGUGCUGGGCAUCACCUUCGGGGCCUUCCUCAUCGGGGCRCUGCUCACCGCCGUGCUCUGGUACAUCUACUCGCACACCCGUCCCAUCUCCAAAAUGCAGCCGGUCUCCACCACGGCGCCGGCCUCGGAGAGCAGCAGCACCAACCACAGCAUCGGCAGCACCCAGAGCACCCCCUGCUCCACCAGCAGCAUGGCCUGA